AACCCGGUGGUCGACAAUCCUCCCUACUUCAUUAUCUUGACAACCUAUAUCAGUUUCCUUGUUCUGAUAUUUCUUGGUCAUUUCGAGGACUUUUUUUCCAGAUGGUUCCAACCACGUGCUUACCAACAUCUAAAGCCUCAGAAUGGGUACGCUUCGUUAUAUGACGGCUUCGAGAGUUUCUAUACCCGACGUAUGAAACAGAGAAUCAACGACUGUUUUGAACGACCUAUAUCCGGUGUCCCUGGCAGGCAUAUUGUUCUGCUAGAUCGGACUACGAAGGAUAACGUUCAUUUUCAGUUGAUCGGCACAGCGACCAAUACACUAAAUUUAAGCUCGUACAACUAUCUUGGUUUUGCGCAGUCGGAGGGCCCCUGUGCCGAUACGGUGGAAGAAACUAUUCGCAGAAAUGGAAUUGGCAUGGCAGGACCAUAUCCAGGCUCCACGAAGCUGCUAGUCGAAGUGGAAGACCAGAUCGCGCGGCUAGUCGGAAAAGAGGCAGCGAUUGUGUUCUCAAUUGGUUUUGCAACAAACUCCACAAUAUUUUCAACUCUUGUAGAAAGUGGCUGCUUGAUCUUAUCGGAUGAACUUAAUCAUGCCUCCAUUCGAUUUGGUGCAAGGCUUUCAGGGGCAGCUGUCGAGGUCUUUCCGCACAACAAUAUGAGUGUUCUCGAAGAAAAGCUGAGGCAAGCCAUUUCUCAAGGCCAACCACGAACUCACCGGCCGUGGAGAAAGAUCAUGGUAGCAGUAGAAGGACUAUUCUCAAUGGAGGGGACAAUGUGCAACCUUCCGCGGAUUCUGGAGUUGAAGAAGAAAUACAAGUUUUAUCUCUUCAUUGACGAGGCACACUCGAUCGGUGCAAUCGGUAGUCAAGGGCGCGGAGUGUGUGACUACUUCAAAAUAGAUCCUGUUGAGGCUGAUAUCUUGAUGGGAACAUUUACCAAGUCAUUUGGAGCCAAUGGUGGUUACGUUGCUGCAGACAGAGAAAUAAUUGCUAAGUUACGCUGUACCAGCGCUGGCCAAGUAUAUGGCGAAGCACCAGCACUCCCAGUUCUCACACAGAUUUCUUCUACACUCCGGUUGAUCGCAGAUGAAGAUCCCCUCCACUCGGGCGAGGGUUUAGAGCGCAUGCAACGCUUGACAUUCAACUCGCGGUACCUUAGGCUAGGCUUGAAAAGACUUGGUUUCAUCGUAUACGGCCACGACGACUCGCCAAUCGUGCCGCUCAUGCUGUAUCAUCCCGCCAAGAUGGCGGCAUUUUCUCGGGAGAUGCUGCGGCGCAAGAUCUCGGUGGUCGUUGUGACAUAUCCCGCUACCCCACUGGAGCUUUCCCGCGCACGAUUAUGUGUGUCUGCAGCACAUACUAAGGACGACCUUGACAGUGUUCUGGACGCAUGCGACGAGAUUGGAGAAGCGCUACAGCUGAAAUUCUCUUCUGGGAGAUCCGGAGGACUGAAAGAGCCCAAGUUGGAUGGCGCAGUAUCGACAGGAAAGAAGAUCACCGAGCCCCCACAUUGGACAUUGGCCGAAGUUAUUGAGAGGGGGGUCCGGGAUGCAAAGCUCACUUUCUACUGAAGUAGUAAUAGGAUAACAAUGAAAGUUAUUUUCCGUAUGGCUGUCCUCUUGCCAAUUCCAUGGUGUUUCCUCCGUACCAUCGGCCGAUAAGGUCUUAACGAAUGAGAAUGUGAG